UAUCUAAGUUAUGCUUUAGUAAUCAUUCUAUUUCUUGCAGGUUUCACCAUUUUAGAAUAAACAAAGGAGUACAAGAUAUGGACUACAGUUGGAACACAGGUUACUUAGGAAACUCUAGGGUUGUGCUAAAUCACUAUGAUGUCUCUACACAGGCUGACAUUCAGCAUGUGGCGUUAUCUUAUGAAUCAGAAGAUGAAAUUAUGGGGCGAUUACACAGCAAGGAAAGACGUGGAACCGCCCAUUACAGCAAACAGGAUAUUCGAGAACAAUAUUGCAUAUCGGACAGGGGCUUGGGGGCCUUAGAAAACAACAAACAAAGCCUGUUUGGCUGCCUGUCUUCACACCAUGGAUCACCAUGUUCAGCAAGAUCAUCUUUACUCACCGCAUGCGUUCGACAGAAAGUGCCAUCUGACGAGAACCUUUACGACCUUUACAAAAAGCAUCCUUCGGAGUACGCUCCUUAUCCCAGAAGAAACAGGAACCCAUGGGGCCCGGUGACAACGGAAAUGCACUGCUACGACGAGGACCUGACAUCAUCGUACUUCCGGCGGAAACAGCCGACAGACCCAAGCCGGUACACCUGGAUGCCCUCCGACGACGAAUCGAUCAGGAUGGAGAAGCCCAGAUCUAUCAUUGAGAACAGUUACCAUCCCCCUUAUCCAUUGAAGGCAUCCCUGGCCACCCAACAGAACAAUAGCGGGCAGUCUGGAACAUUGACAAAGAAACACGUUAGCUUCGCCAGAUCACACACCAUGGCUUCCUUCGAUGAUGCCAUGUCAUCAUUAAGUUCCUCCACAGGUCAACUAAAUAGAAUAACUAGGAGUCAAGAAAGACUGCUAGACGUGAGAAAGACUGAAAUACAACCUAUCACCAAGCAACCGGAACCAGAAAACUUUCUGGACAAAGUUAAAAGAGCGGCUCCCAUGAAAACCCAAGCAACACAGACCGAAAUCGGGCUAGGACGUAAGCCCUUACCCUACAGCCAUAUCAACCUGAGCCCCAAGACAGCGCAAAGAGUGAAAAUGGUCUCCCAGGGGGCCCAGACCAACGGAUACAUCGGAUUCAAUGGAGGCCGUAAGUUGGUCAAAUCGUUCUCAGAGGUAGGGGAUAAGUUUGGAGCUCAAAUGACCAGGGAAGGGGAGUUCCAGGAGUUUGAUUCCAUUCCGGAUCAUGAGCCGUUGCAGAGGACCCAAUCUGAUGAGCCACCAAGGUCUCCGUUCAUCGUGGAUGUCCCUUCAAAUUUUGUCCUACCGCCUGAGCCCCCCGCACCUAUUGUACCACCAUUCAACCCUCUGCAAAGUGAUACCUCGUCACUUUCUAACCAAUCUGAAGACUCAGAGUCGAAACGCGAGAUAUUCAUCGACUUUAAGCCACAACUACCCGCUGCCAAGGCUUCCAAGAAGGCUCUUAUCAAGACCAUGAGUGAUGGAGAGAUUUUGUUGGAGCAAAGGAAAUCUCAGAAGGUGAACGACAACGACUGCGUAGUCCCCGAAAAACCAACCUCGGUAAGCCACGAGAACAUCACAGCCGAAGAUGAACCGAUCAACUUCAGGCCCUAUUUCCAAAAAGCUCCAAUCAGAAACGAGGGUAUCUGCAGGCCUCUUGAGGAGAACAUCUACUCUUCGUUAGACGCGGGUAUUCAAGGGCAGGAUUCCAUUGACGAGGAGUUCCAUGAGAAUAUCAUCUACAACAGGAUCUUCUUGAACAGGCAAGAUAGUAAUGCUGUGAAGGAGACACGGCAGGGAGAGAGCGUUGUGCCGUCUGUUCGGUUUAUGCCUGAUUCUAAGUUGUCGCCGUUCACAUCCAACGAUUCGCUGAAUAAUGAUGCAAGGGAUCAAUCGGACGGUAUCUGGAACGAAUCUCAAGCGACGGUUCUGCAAGUGGAUUCUGGAACAGAAAAUGGAACGGCACUCAGUAGCUCAGAAAUGACAUCAGCUACGUCGCCUGGCUCAACUACGUUAUUGCUUACGCCUUCGUCGAGGAGAAGACAUUUACUAAUGAUGCAACAUCAGCAACGGUCAUCGAUGGAUACCGAAAACUUAGACGAAGAGGUUGUAGAUAACGUGGACACCUCCCCAGGCACCGGUUUUCCCCGGAUCGUCGUAGAUCGCACCACCUCCAAUGAACUUUCCUCAGCCCCUCGUCGAUUUCUCACCGUUUCCCCUUCUCCCGUUCCUUCAGUCCCACAAUGGAGGCCACCUGCGGUACCUCCUGCCGAAUCGCCCCAACCUGCUGCCGUCGUACCCGAUUUGCUAUUGGCUAGGACUGAUUCCUGCAAGACCAAUACUGAUGUGUCUGAAAGUACCACUACGGACGAUUAUAUGACCGCUAAUUCGGGGACGGAUAGUUCGAGGAGGAGUGGCUCUAUCAAGAGUGCCGCUGACCUCCUCCAUCACAUGCACUACCAACAUCGCCAGCAGCACAACAGCUCGUCCCUAGCCAUUGGCGAGACGGGGAGCAGCUUCGACAGCCUGAAGGGCAGCGACGACAUGGCCGUGGUGCCUUCGGCGCCCUUCACGCCGCCCUCGCCGUCGUUGCAGGGCAGCCCAACGCCGCCCGCGAUAGGAAGGGCCGAGAUCGGAAACGGAGGGAAGGACAGACCAGGCACGCCGUCGGAUGAUGAGAGUAGUUCCUCGUGUGGGAGUUACAGACCGAAUGACAUGUUUGAACCCCAAAACACGAAUACCUGGGAUGAUGUAAUCAAAGACACUUUCCAUAGUGUUGAUGGAGCUUCCACUCCAGACCUACUGGAUAGGUCUUCCUCCAAACCACACUCCGCAGCUGGAAGUCCCACUAAAAAGUCUCGUGCACCUUCGGAGGACGAGCGAAGCGUACACUAUUCGUCUUCUGGAUAUUACGAAUCGCCUAUCGAUGAUGACUUGACAUGGAAGUCCAUAAAAUACGAGAACCAUCGUCAACCUGCCAGCACCACCGUGACAACCACGCACAACAAGAAGGACUUCACCCUGGACCUGCCUAAUAAUCCAAAGCCUUACUUGGAAACCUAUAACUUCCCGGCCAACCCCACUUCGAAGCACACGAAAACGAACAAAAGAGAGUCGCGAUUGUCACCUAGCACCGAAGCUAAAACGACCGUGACGACGUCUGGCGAGGCGAAACCGAAGCGCGUCAAGGCGAGGAUGCGAAGUCCGAUGCAGAACCACAAAAAGGCGCCGCAUAACAAGAAAAGCUUCUAUGGGUCGGCUGCUCUUUUGGAUGAGAAAGAGAACAAGGCAACGUCCGACGAGUCAAGCUGCGACGCAAAACGUAUAGGCCAACAAAAUUCGCCAAGAAAAGCGAAGAAGAACAAGGAAAACAGUAGGAGAAAAUCUUUACCGAGGUCUCCGGUGAAUCAGCGAUCUUCCAGCAAACAUAACGAUGAUGACAAGCCGUCCAGUUUACCAGGAAGUCUGUCCAGAAGGUCCAAGUCCAAUAAGCAUUAUAACGCUGGUUUGACUAAUGAGAGUGAGCAUAACAAUAAACGUUACAGUCCAUCGGGAUCCCCUUCCUCCGAAGCAUGUUUGUUAGGAAACUCAAUAGCAAAGAAGACGCACAAUCAUGCCGAUACAAAACUGAAGGCAUUGAGUGCAGAAUCCCUUAGGUCUGUCAGUCCAGGUAGUGAUAGCGUAUUCUAUAGUGACCCAAGCAGUCAUGCCGCCAUGGACCAGCAAGUCCAUUGUUUGCAUUGCGGGAAAGAAGUCGAUAUAGUGAACACCGAUGAAGCAGAUAAAAGCAUAGGCAGCAGCAGCACGGAAACCCAACAGCAGGACAUCGUGCAGCCUCCAGCAGGGUUUGAGGACUCGCCCAGGAUGAAAACCCAAGGAAGGCUGUUCAAGAAGCUGGACAGACGCAUCCGCAGCGAGGAACGCACCCUUAUCGAAAAUAGGAAACACCGGUAUAAAUCUGAUGUACGAGCAAAGUCAGAGGAGCGUGCCAGCCGUCGUUCUCACUCUCCCAACUCAACUGGGGUCCAACCUCAACGGCCCAAAUCCACCCCUCAACUUCGCUCAGGUGCCUCUUCAGGCUCCAGUCCCAGCUUACUGCCAGCAGCCCCCGAGGAUGAGGAUGACCCCAGCCAGGCGGUGUACGAUGCACCGUACUUGGAUGGGUUGUGGGUGUACGUUGACGAACGAGAUGAGGUUGCUGCUGGAGGACACCUAUCACCUAACGAAUUUGACCGGUCCAAAAGGAAAGGUUCAGUUUCAAGCACCGAGUCUGAACAGGAAUUCAAGAGACGAUAUCAGGCCAACACGCAUCGAAUGGUACAUCGAAAAUCCUGUUUGGAGAUGUACAAACGACAAGAUAGCAAAUCGUUUGAAAAUGGAAGUAUAGCUACGGGAGAAAGCCACCACAAUCAUCUCAAGAACGGAUAUUUAAAAUCCAAUGGCUGUUUGACACAGAACGGAAAAACCAUUUCAGACGAGCACGAUUACGAAGAGGAAAACAUGGAACUGCGAGAAAAGCUAGAAGAAAUAGUAAAAUUGAUGCUAGUGAUAUGGUGCCAACAAAAUAAGGCUCUGUAUCUCGUCAGUAAUAAACGAAGUGAAUGCGACAAAACAGUGAUAGUCCACCGAGAGUGUUCUGGCGAAUUCGGGUUUCGCAUCCACGGUUCCAAACCCGUGGUGGUCAGUGCCAUCGAGCCUGGAACCCCAGCAGAGGCGAGCGGACUCGAGGUGGGCGACAUCGUCAUAGCUGUCAACGGUGUCUCGGUGCUGGAUCGAGGGCAUUCGGAGGUUGUCAAGAUCGCGCAUGCUGGAACGGACACACUCAAGUUGGAGGUGGCAAGAACAUGUUACGCCAUAAGCACGUCGAAAGAGGAGCUGCAUUCUUCAAACAACACCCUGUAUAAUGGAUAUCUGUGGAAGUUGAGUGGCUAUGCGAGCGGUACCACCACCAACAAAUGGAUACGAAGAUGGUUUUGCCUCAAACAGAACAAUUGCCUUUAUUAUUAUAAGACUGACAGCGAUAAACAGCCAGUGGGUGUGGUGAUGCUAUUCGACCAAGAGGUCCGUAAGGUAGAUGAUGAUGAGGGAGGUCUAUCGAAACCAUACAGGUUUAUCAUUCGAAGACCUGACGCGGUGCCUCUACAACUUGCUGCCGAUACAAGCAAUGCCCAAGAACGAUGGAUCGACGUUAUAUGUAAAGCAGUGAACGAGAGCCAAAUAGUAGAUGAUUUCUUAGAGCAGACGAAACGAAACCUCCUGUUGCCGCCAAAUGCGAUCCACCAAUCAGAUUGCUUCGGUUACUUGGUGAAGCUGGGCAACCAAUGGAAAUCGGCUAGCAGGCGAUACUGCGUGUUGAAGGAUGCCUGCCUCUAUUUCUAUCAUGAUGCCAAUGCCAAAAGUGCUUUUGGAGUGGCCUACUUACACGGGUAUAGAGUACAACAAUCUUUAUCAGGGACAAAGAAACAUGCCUUCGAAAUCAUACCACCCGACCCUAGCAAAAAACACUACUAUUUUCAAACAGAGACAGAUGCUGAUAGAAAACGAUGGAUAGCAGCGUUGGAAUAUUCCAUAGAUAGGUGGUUAAAAGUAACGUAGGUGCAACAAAUUCUAGAAAUAAUUUAAAAUACAUUAAUUUUGUAAUAUUUUUUAUAUGUACGAUGUAUGUUUGUUUAUAAAUGUUCAUUAAAUGUAGGAAUACACACACCUACCAAAAAUGCAUGUUGUUUCCUAUGUAUGCAAAAUUAAUUGCUCAAAUAUUCUGAUUUUUGUGUUCCCACUUCUAUUUAUUUGAAACACAGUUAUAAGUUGCCACGUUGCCCUUAGAGUUGCAUAUGGCGAUUUGUAAAAAGAUGUUUAUUAUAUAUUUAUGGACAGAUAUAUAAUUUGUUUUUAAUAAAAUUUCUGAAAAAAACAA